AUGUUCAAAGGAAGACUUGGAAGUGGUCAUGAUGUUGCGGUGAAGAUCCUGAAGAAGGGGAAAGCGAAUGGUCAAGAUAGCGAAAUGGCUACUGUUGGAAGAAUUCAUCACGUUAAUGAGGUUGGACUCAUUGGUUUUUGCUUUGAAGGCUCCAAACAAGCUCCUAUGUACGAUUUCAUGCAUAAUCUUUGGAUAAGCAUAGUUUCUCACGAGGAUAAGGGACUUCUCUUGGUUGCAAGGAAGUGUACGAGAUUGCUCUUGGAGUGGCUAGAGAGAUUGAGUAUCUUCAUCGAGAAUGCGAUGAACCUUGUGUACAUGGCUCCGGAGCUGGUCUACAAGAACCUUGGGGGCAUCUCUUACAAAACCGAUGUCUACAAUUUUGGCAAAUUGUUGAUGGAAAUGGCCAAUGGGAAGAAGAAUGCGGACGCAGUUGCAGAGUAUUCCAAUCAUAUUUACUUUCCUUUAUGA